AGGCACGCAAGGAGCUUAUGCAGGUGCAGUGCGGAGUGAACGCAUGCACUGAGCUCACGUGCCAGAACAGACAUUUAUUUAAUCGCAAUGAAUGUAGUCGCGAAAAUAUUGUUUUUGUUUGGUGUUCUUGUCUUUGGUGCAGGGUGUGAGGACCUUAUGGUCGAAGUCGAAGAUGGCGGAGGGAUAUGUGCUACAGUGGGUGACUCGAAAAAAAUCACUUUGAAAACAGACCACUUACCUGUAAUUCACGCCUCGUACAUUUCAAACUUCUCAAGCGAUAUCAUGCUUGGCAAUUGUGUACAUUCGAUAAGCUACUUUCAGUGAUAACAGUAUAAAAAAGAAGCACUUGCAGCGAUGCUGUUAAACAAAACCUACUAGCAACAAAAUCUUGGUAUCAAAUGGCUAAACAAACUGAUGCCAUACAUUUGAUUAUCUUAUGAUUGUGCUUGACUUGCGCCAUGCAAGCACGAACCUCGGCACCAGGCAUUGAUACAGCCAUAGACAUGUGAAACGCAUUGGAAGGAAAACAAUUUUAGUGCUUACAAAAGCUGCUAAGCUCACCUUUGUUCCUAUCAACAUUCGAGAAAACAGUUGGACUAUUACUAACUAUUGCAGUUUUUGAAGUUCGGUUGUAAUUAAGAUGAUGGGUGAUCUUAAUAAGAGCGAUAAAUUUCGCAACACGCAUAAUAAUGUUGAGUUCUGAUCUUCAAUGCUCACCUAUUGCACAUUUGCGAAGGAUGUUGUGACUCUC